AUGGAAAAGGGCGACUUCGAGAGCUCCCUAGCGAGCCACGAAGCGAGCCUGGCGCUGUGCGAGCAGCUGUACCCCGCGGCGAGUCGGGAGCAGGCGAACUGUCUGUUUCUGUGCGGCUUAGCGCAGUAUUAUCUGGCAGAGAACGACGCGCUGCUGUCGGAGGACGACCCCGAGCUGGCGCCCAAGGCCGAGAAGGAGGCCAAGGAGAGCGCGGAGCGGCUGCGGCUGGCGCAGAGCGCGCUGCUGCGGUGCGCGUUGGAGCAGGCGAGGAAGGAAGGAGCGACGGAGAAGGAGGUGGAGGCGAAGACGGAUUUGGCGGGACUGAGGGAGGCGGCGAAGGCGCUGCAGGGGAAAGAAGGACUGUCGGAGAAGGUGAAGGAGCUGCUGGAGGUGGCGCUGGAUGUGACGGAGAAUAUCGAGAAGGCGGACGCGUUCUCGGUGAAGAAGAUCAUUGAGAGGGAGCAGAGCGAGGUGAGGAAGAUCAAAUCGAUGCUGAGAGAAGAAGAAGAAGAAGAGGAGGAGGAAGAAGAGGAAGAAGAGGAAGAAGAGGAAGAGGAAGGGGAUACUGUGAUUGAAAUGGACGAGCUGAAGCGAGAGAAGAACGAGGACGACGACGCGCAGCCCGCCGCCAAGCGACAGCGAAAAUCGAGCGUUUGUUACAAACACACCACUUGGAUCCUUUGGACACCUUGGCGUCUUUCGCCAUCUUCUUCAACGGCUUUGCGGGCUGAGGGACCUUUGAAACCUUCGGAGCCUUCGGAGCCUUUGAAACCUUCGAGUCCUUUGAAUCCUUUGAAUCUUUUGGAGUCUGGACAUGCUUCGGAGCAAGCGGUUUCGUGCUGGAACGAGGCGAGGGGCUGGAAGGGGUCGAGGGGUUGUAGAGAAUGUGGGCGAGCUUCGGGUCGAUCGAGCGAUCUUGAGAUAAGAAAGAGAGCAACACAAAAUUACCGCUGCGAUUGA